AAAUGUGUGUUUAAAAAUGCCGAACCUGUCAAGAUGAGAUUACAGUAUUUGGUUCUAAUUUUCGUAUGUUUUUUCUGGGAUUUGCGAAUCUGUCUGGGUAUUACGUCGAUUAACAAAACCGUAGACUUGUCGCAGGAAUAUAGGCCCGAAGGGCCACUGGUAUUGUGUAAAUUUUUACCAAAGGAGUUCAUAGAAUGCGAGGAACCGAUUGAUCAUAAGGGUAACAAAACUGCUAAGGAAGAGAGUGGAUUUGGGUGUGUGAAGUUUGGAGGUUCCAGGUAUGAAGAUGUUGAGAAAACGAAAGUGUCUUGUACAGUGUUACCAGAUAUUGAAUGUUAUGGACAAAGAACAUUUUCUCGGGAAGGACUUCCUUGUAUAAAAUAUAGUGACCAUUAUUUUGCUACAACUUUACUGUAUAGUAUACUGUUAGGUUUCCUUGGAAUGGAUAGGUUUUGUUUAGGUCAAACUGGUCCCGCUGUAGGUAAAUUAUUAACAUUAGGUGGAGCAGGAGUGUGGUGGAUCUUUGAUGUAAUAUUGCUAGUAACUGAUUUUCGACAACCUGAAGAUGGUAGCAAUUGGAACCCUUAUGUAUAGCAAAAGCAAGUUUUUUAAUAUUGCCACUCAAAAUUUAAAAUCCAAAAUUAUUAAAGAGCAUUUUUGUAAAAUGAAUUUAUAUCUACUUGUACAUAUUUGAUCAUGGAAAUAAAUAUUCCUG